AUGGGUGCUGCUGAAGCUACGAAGCUUGAUGAUCAAUAUAAUGAAAUGGAAAAGCAUAUUGACAUGACGUAUGAACUUAUCAGUGCUCUCAUCGCAGACACGAAUGAGUACCUUCAACCGAACCCAGCCACUCGUGCGAAAAUGGCUACGAUGGGAGCCAUCUCCAAAGUCCGUGGAACGGUGAAAACAGCUCCUUAUCCACAAACAGAGGGUAUGUUGGCGGAUACAAUGUCAAAAUAUGGUAACGCACUUGGUGAUAUGAGCGAUCUUGGAAAGGCGCUUCUGGAAGCGGCAGAAGCAUACCGUCAUAUGGCGGAUAUCAAAUAUCAAAUGGAGGAAAAUGUGAAGCACAACUUUAUUGAUCCUCUUACUCACCUCCAGAACAACGAGCUCAAAGAUGUAAACCAUCAUCGAACAAAGCUAAAGGGAAGACGUUUGGAUUAUGAUUGCAAGAAGAGACAGCAACGAAGAGAUGAUGAGCUCAUCCAGGCUGAAGAGAAGCUCGAGGAAUCAAAAAGGCUGGCUGAAAUGGCUAUGUUUAAUGUGCUUAGCAAUGACUUUAUGCUGCAGGUUGAACAAGUAUCACAGCUUCGCGCUUUAGUGGAUGCG